UCCGCGCGUUCUCACGUUUUGGAUUCUUGUGUCGUGAGGAUUUUCGAAGAUCUUUGAAGAUUUAUGGACUAGAAAUACGCGCUUUUAUGCGGCUCUGUUCGUGACUGUUAAUUAAUUUGCGUAUUCGUUUAUUAUUAUAAGUGUUUCAUUUUUAUUCGACAUUGUCGGACGCAUCUUCGAGGACAAGAUGAGCGGCGGCGCCAAGAUCACCAUCAGCCAGGAGGGCGAGCGCAAGGCCAUCAGCUGCAGCUACAGCCGCGACGGCCGCACCCCCGGCGUCUACUACCCCGCGGAGCCCCAGCGCCCCAAGCGGCAGCGGCAGCGCGCCCCGCAGCCCAACGGCCCCGACAGGAGCGGCGGCGGCAGCACCUCGCGCAAGGACACGUGCUCCCGCCUGGUCGAGCGCGUGACUUCGGCCCUUGCAGGCGCCCUCGCCCGCGUCGGCCGCUACCUCGCCGCCCUCGCGCCCUCGUCCGCCUCCUCUGCCCAGGGCGCCUCGUCGUCCCACAAUAACAACACCCUCGACGCCUCCUCCAGGUCAGCCACCACGAAGAACAACACCAAAUCCUCCGGCAAGAUGUCCGGCGCCAAGAAGAACCCGCCGGCGCCCGCCCUCCACAAGGUGAUCAUGGUGGGCGCGGGCGGCGUCGGCAAGUCCGCCCUCACGCUGCAGUUCAUGUACGACGAGUUCGUGGAGGACUACGAGCCCACCAAAGCCGACAGUUACCGCAAGAAGGUCGUGCUCGACGGCGAGGAAGUGCAGAUCGACAUCCUCGACACGGCGGGCCAAGAGGACUACGCAGCCAUCAGGGAUAACUACUUCAGGUCCGGCGAAGGCUUCCUGUGCGUGUUCUCCAUUACAGAGGACGAUUCCUUCCAAGCGACGGAGCUCUUCAGGGAGCAGAUCCUGCGCGUGAAGAAUGACGACCACAUCCCGUUCCUCCUGGUGGGCAACAAGGCUGACCUGAACGAGCGCCGGAAAGUGAGAGAGGAGGAUGCCAAGAACCGUGCCAGCCAGUGGGGGGUGCCAUACGUUGAAACCUCAGCCAAGACGCGAGCCAAUGUUGAUAAGGUAUUCUUUGAUUUGAUGCGAGAGAUUCGUGCUUGCAAAUUGGAAGACAAUAAGAACACCAAUGGAAAAGGCAAAGAUCCCGGCAAGAGGAAAAAACACAAGUGCUGCAUUCUUUAGGCGUUCUACGACUUGACUCGCAUGAUAUCGGCCAGCAAGCAGCAGGCUGACAGCCCAGAUGAGACAGAAAACAAACCUACCAAGUGCUGCUGCAUUUCAUAGUCCCCCAUGACUACACUAGCCAAUGCCUGUGAAUGAAACCUAAAUGGAGAUUUUUUUUUUCUUUAUCAUUCAUAGAUGUAGGAGGCGUUCAUUUUGUUUUGUAGGUGAUGACAAUAGCCCCCGGUGUAUGUAUGAAGGUUAUUAUACAAUGUGUAGGUGAGAGAAGAGAUGACUUUUUUAAUGUGCUAUUGAAACAAAACCCUUUGUUACUCUCAAAUGACAUAGGGUCUUCUCUCCACUCUGUGUCAAUCACUUGUAUUAUUUGUUUACAAUGUUUAAGAUGCCUCCUGUCUUGUCUUAAGGUUUCUUGUAUUCUAGAGGGGCUCCAAGAUGAUCCUCUGGGUUGUUUUGCUUGAAAAUAAAUUUGUAAUGUAAGUUUUGCAGAUAGUGCAUCUGUCUGAUCCAUACUCAUUAGGUCAUGUGCCAUGGCCUUUCAUUUUUCUUUAUUUUUGUUUUAUCUGACCUUUUUUUCUUUUUCUUCCUUCCUUAAUUACUCUUUCUAGAAAUUUAAGUGCUUAUUAUUGAUAUAAGGGUAUAAAGCUGAAGCCCGCUGAUCAGAUCCCAGUGAGUGCUCAUUGCAGUGAUCUACAGAAAAUAUGUAUUUAUGUGACGUCGCCAAAAGACAAAUGUUGAAAGCUGUGAGAGGCGACUUUGUUACUGUCAUCAUCCUUGUAUGUUUUGCUGAAUGUUAAAAGGUGAUUGUUAGGCAUCAUAGAUAUUUAUGAUGUGCUCCUUGUGAGUGAAUAAACAUUCAGUGUACCUUUUUUUCUUUUAUGUUAACCAUUCCUAAAUAACGAAGAUUUUUCUCAGAGAAGUAAGUAGGUAAAUUGAUAAUUAAAUGGCAUAAGGUUAAAUUGAUUUCUUAGAAGAUUUAGAGGGAACAUAGAAGUUUAUUUAAGAGGCUUGCUCUUCCUGCCUUACAAGUUUCAUAUUUAAAAACUGAGUAUUGGUUGUCAUACUAUAGAUUAAUUAAGAGUAAAUGAAAAGAAAAUCUAAUUAAUGAUCUAUAUACAAGGUGGGGUUAGAUCAGCCAUUCCAUUGUACUCAGAUCCUAACCCACACCUUCUAUACCAUUGCUUAGGUGAAUGCAAAGUAAAAAUAUGCUUGCAGAUGUAACAAGAUGUCAAUAUAUUUUUUUUCUUCAUUGUAGAAGUCACCUCACGGUGCUCUUUUUGGAAAGAGGUAACUUGACGGUUUUCUAACUCCCUUCUCCCUCCCCCCUCCUCGGCAUUUCAACCACAUGACUUGUCAGCUGGAAGUUGAAGGUGGCAAGAUAAAGGAAAAUAUGAAAGUAAAAGGAAAAGCUUGUUUACUUUUUUUUUUCCUGAUAGAUCUACCUCUGCAUUUUAAAGUCACACAGGCCAGGUGUGUGUGUGCCAGACCAUGAAAUCCAAAAGCCAAGCAAAAAAAAGUUAAUUCCUCUAAAGAUUGCUGUUCAUACUCCACUGCUUUCAUACUUCUUGGGCAUCUUACGUAUAAUCUUGAUAAUUACCAAAGCGGCUGAUGUUUUUCUUAAAUUUCUAUAAGUUAUGUUUUUCGGCUAUGAAAGUUUAGAUAGACUGCCAAGAACAAGUGAUAUUGGAAGGUAUUGUUCAUGCAUGAAAGGUCUUCAUAGUUUGGACUGUGUGGCAAUGCAGAGUGUAGAUGAGAAGUGAAUUGAUCUGGAAAGCAAAUAUGCCUUUAGCAAAUGUAAACAGCUUUCCUUGUGCCUUCAAUUUGGUCUCUUUUAUAAGUUUAGAAGUAAAGAUUUUUUUACUUAUUUAAUUUGAUUUUUUUUUAUAGUUCCGGAUCAGUUUUUAUUUUUAUGGAAGAUUAGACUGGAACAUUGUACAAAUUCACUCUCGCAAAACUGUAAUGAAAUGAAUUUAAAAGUAGACCAUCUUGUAUAAUCACAACAUUUUUAUUUAAAAGUAGAUUAACAACAGAAAAAAAACAUUUCUCCAAAAAUAAUUGAAUAUCAGGUUUUUUGUUGAUUUAACAGCCCUGCAGCAUUCCCUUACAAAUAUAUAUGUAUGUAUAUGUGUUUAUAUAUGUAUAUACAUAUAUGUAUAAAUGUUUUCUUCAGUAAUAUUUUAGCAGGUAUAGACUUCAUUCUUGCCUUGAUUGUAAUAAAGAAAAAUUGACUUAACAGAGGAUAUUAAGAAACGAUUUGAAAUUAAAUUAACAAUCAACUGUCUUAUGCACUGUCAAGUCACAAUAUUGAUGAGUUAAGGGCACAUGAUUAUAUAUAUAUACACACAUGUACUGUUAAUGUAUAUAUGUAUGCAUGUAUGAACAUAUGUGUAUGUGUAUAUGUAUGUGUAUGUAUAUGCAUGCAUAUGUAUGUAUAUAUGGCUAUAUUUAUGGAAAUUACCACAAAACUACCAGCUACAUUGAAUGCACAAAUUUCAGCUGCCAUAAUGAAGGUUUAUACCACAUUUGCAGCUUAUUUAAGUUUUACAUAGUAGUUUUAAAUUAUUACUUUCCAAGUCCCUCAAGUUUUGGAUGGGAUCAUACACCAAUGCAAAACUGGACAUGGUUUCAAAGGGGAGAAAAUGCUCAAAAGGUGAAUGGGAUGGAAUCUAGUCACGGAUUUCAAGCAACGGCGAGCGUUCAAAUUUUCAAACAGGAACUAGGUGAAAAGGAAAAACCAAAAGUAUUGUUCACCUUGUGCAAAAAAAUGACAAUUUGUAAGAGCAUUCCUGGCAAUGGUGAGCUUAUUGUGAAGGUUUAAGCUUUUUAUUUAUCCAUUUUAAUCACAGUUUGUACAUUGAUUAUGUAAUAUAUGUCUGAAAUAAAA